GGCUUCUUUUGGUUUUCUCCCAUUUCUGGGUUCAGUCAGUGAAGAGAGUUAAAUGCUUGAUGCAGAAUGCUUGGUGGCUGGAUUUAGGACGGUUGUCAGUGGGAUUUGGCGUCGGUAUAAUUUGCUACGUGGUACCUGUAUACAUAGCAGAAAUAACACCUACUGAUCUUAGAGGAAGGUUUACUUCAGCUACUCAGUUGAUGCUUAGUUUUGGCUUCGCACUAACAUAUUUCCUUGGAAAUGUCAUAACCUGGCGGACCUUGGCUGUAAUCGGUGCUAUUCCAUCUCUUGUCCACAUUAUAGGUUUAUUCUUCAUUCCAGAGUCUCCAAGGUGGCUGGCCAAAGUUGGCAGGCAAAAAGCCUUCGAAGAGACUCUUCAGCAUCUUAGAGGAAAGAACACUGACAUAUCUCAAGAAGCAGCUGAAAUAAUGGAUUAUACAGAAAUGUUUCAGCAGCACUCAGAAAGAGUCCUGGACUUGUUCCAAAAGAGAUAUGCUCACUCACUCGUUGUUGGAGUUGGGCUCAUGUCACUGCAACAAUUUGGGGGUGCCAAUGCAGUAGCUUUUUAUGCAAGUUCUAUAUUUGUGGAUGCAGGUUUUUCAAGUAGCAUUGGGACUACAUCAUUGGCUCUCAUUUUGAUACCUGGUGUUGCAUUGAGUGUGCUCUUAACAGACAAAGCCGGAAGACGACCACUUCUAAUGGUUUCUGCUGGCGGAUUGUGCUUGAGUGCCUUUCUUGUGGGUUUGGCAUUCUGCUUUCAGGACCUCCACCUGUGGAAGAAGGUCACUCCCAUUUUGGUUUACAUUGGCUUGUUGGGUCAAAGUGUAUCAUACGCAACAGGCAUGGCAGGAUUACCCUGGGUUAUUAUGUCAGAGAUAUACCCAAUGAACGUUAAAGGUUCAGCUGGAAGCCUCUUGAGUUUGGUAAAAUGGUCUUGUGCUUUUAUAGCAACAUACACCCUCAAUUUCAUGAUGGACUGGAGCUCGGCAGGAACAUUCUUCUUCUUCUCAGCCAUUUCCGGCAUUACACUUCUGUUCGUGGCAAAGCUGGUGCCGGAGACCAAAGGGCAAACCCUAGAAGAAAUACAAGCAUCAAUACAAGCAAGAAUUACCCAUUUCCUCUGACUAUAAGAUAAACCAUGUCUAUUCCAAAGGCUGCAUUAUUUCCGUUAUAGUUAGCCAACUGGCAGCCAUUCAGGGUCUCCUAUUGAAAAAAGGAAAGCAUGCCAUACAAAGAAUAGUGAAAGCGAUGAACUUUAUUGCUUAAAUGUUAAAAAGCCAUAAACUUUGCACAUCUUCAUGUUCAGAUGUAUGAAACUAGGGUGUUUUACUCAGAUUUUAAGCUUGUCACACACUUUUCAAAUCUCCUUUCAGCUUCAACAUCCAAGAUCAAGAACCGAGAACACUAAUAGUUACAAUGCUAUACAAUACUGAAAAGAAAGAGAUGAAGAACACGAUGCUACCAGUUGUGGAAAACAGGGGAGUCAGAAAAAUGGGGAAAGGGAGGAGCCAGAGGAAAUCAAAGGAUUUUAAUGAAAUCGGUAAGAGAGAUGUGAUC